AUGCAGCAACCUGAAAAUAUCAUUGCUGCACAGAGAAUGAAACAAGUAGGACCUUUAACUUCCAGCAAGAGAGGACAACUUGUAACAGUUGUGUAUGCAGUUAAUGCAGCAGGAAGUGUUGUUCCACCACUGCUGACCUUCCCAUGGGAAAACUAUAGGGAUUAUUUUAUCAAAAGUGGUCCUGCAGGCUGUGUCGAAGGAGCCAAUUCCAGUGGAUGGAUUAAUGAAGAUCUGUUUGUGACUUAUUUAAAACACUUUACAGCUUACACCAGGUACAGCAAUGAGAAGAAAGUGUUGUUAAUUUUGGACAAUCACAAAACUAUUGACUUGGCCAAGAAAAAUGGAGUGAUAUUAUUCACAAUCCCACCUCGCACAAGCCACAAGCUCUGA